AGCCCCACCCCGGCCCCGCGGCCGCCGGUGAGUCCGCGCAGCCCGCCCCGCCGGGUUCACUGGUCCGCCGGGUUUUCGUCGAGGGGGAGGACCAUGCACCCUGGAUCGCGGGAGGGACCCCGGAGGGGGCUCUGAAUCCCUGCCCCGCCCCUGCGUGCCUCAGUUUCCCCGCCUGGACAGUGGGUGCGAGGACCGCACCUGUAGCCGAGGUGCUCCGCGGGGCUCCAUCCACCGGAUCUGCUCCGUUCUCGCUACUGUUUAGGUAAUAGUAACGGCCCCGCCGCCGCUGGCAGUCACGGAGCGUUGAUUUGCUCAGUGCCGGGCGUUGAGCUGAGUGCUCAGUGCUUAGUCAGCUAAGCUGAGUGCUUAGCUGAAUACUCACUCCGCGCCCCGCAGAGGGUGCCCCGCUCCAGCAGUGCCAGCGUUGCCCGCCCGGAGGUCGUCAGAGAUGCAGAUCCUCGGGCCGCCUCUCCCGGGAAGACCGGCCCAGAUUCCCUGGGUGUGUCCCCCGGGGCCGUGGCCUCCUAAGCUCUCCCGGUGAUGCUGAUGCUGAUGAAGUGAGAGAGACGCCCUUUCAGCUCGUUAAACCCUUGCAGUAGCCUCAGCCGUUCCAUCAGCCCCCAGACCCCACCACCCAUCCCCUGGUCACUGUGGGCAGUGGAGGGAUGGCUACCCAGCUGCCGGCUGACAAGGCCCUGGAGUUGGUGACAUUCAAAGAUGUGGCCGUGAACUUCACACAGGAGUGGCAGCAGCUGGAGCUGGCUCAGAGGGACCUGUACAAGGAUGUGAUGCUUGAGAACUUCCAGAACUUGAGCUCCCUGGAAAUGGAGUCUAGGCCGGAGAGGAACGGCCCAGUGGAAGCCGUCCCUGCAGGAGUAUCCCCCGAGCUGGACCUGGAAGAGCUGGGAGGGGGUUGCCCCUGGGGCUGUGCAUCAGGAGAGGCCGGGACAGCUUCAGGAAGGGCCCCUUCCGGGCAUCAGCCAGGAAUUCCAGGAGGGAGGGGCCCCCACAAGUGCGGCCCGCGGAAUCCCGACUGGGAGAGCCCCUGCCGUCACUGAGAAGCCCUGUGUGUGCCAGGAGUGCGGGGAGGCCUUUGCGCACUGCACCGACCUGGCGCAGCACCAGCGCGCGCGCGCGCGCACGCCCUGGACAAAGCCUUCGCGUGCGGCGAGUGUGGGAGACGCUCCCGCAGGAAAGCCACGCUCACGGUGCACCGGCGCGUCCACACCGGCGAGAAGCCGUUCACGUGCGCCGAGGGCGGCAAGGCCUUCUGCCAGCGUGCCAACCUCACGGUGCACCGGCGCACGCACACCGGCGAGCGGCCCUACAAGUGCGGCGAGUGUGGCAAGGCCUUCGCCCUCAUCACCAACCUGGUGGACCACCAGCGCAUCCACACCGGGGAGAAGCCCUUCGUGUGUGACCUGUGCGGUAAGCGCUUCACCAAGCGCUCCUCCCUCCUCGGGUACCAGUGGGCCCCCCGUGGCGAGAAGCCCCACCCGUGCAGGGUGUGCGGGAAGGCCUUCCACAAGAAAUUCUAGCUGGUCAACCACCACCGCACGCACACGGGCGGGCGGCCGUUCAAGUGCUACGAGUGCGGCAAGGCCUUCGCGCAGAGCAUGACCUUGGUGGAGCACCGCACACCGGGGAGAAGGCCUACCAGUGCCGCCAGGGCGGCAAGUGCUUCACCAAGUCCUCCGCGCUGAUCCUGCACGAGAGGCUCCACGACGGCGAGCGGCCCCUCCGCUGCACCGAGUGCGGCAAGGCCUUCAGCCAGAAGGCGCAGCUCGUGGUGUACGGGCGAGAAGCCUUUCCAUGGCGGCGCCUGCGGGAGAUCCUACAGCCAGAAGGGCUACCUCACCGUGCACCGGCGGACCCACACCGUAGAGAGACCCUUUGAGUGCACGGAAUGCAGCAAGACCUUCAGCCAGAAGGCGCACCUCUGCAUUCACCUGCAGGUCCACACGGCUGAGAAGCCCUACCGCUGCGGCGAUUGCGGGAGACGCUUCCGGAAGGUGUCCUUCCUGCUCCAGCAUCAGGCCAUCGACAGCGACGAGAGGCCCAUCCAGUGCGGCGUGUGCAGCAAGGCCUUCGUGCGGAAGCCCACCCUGAUCCAGCACGGCUGAAUCCACACAGGGGAGAAGCCCUACCAGUGCGGGCAGUGUGGGAAAGACUUCCCGCAGCAGCCCACGCUGACGGCGCACCGGAGGAUCCCCACCGGGGAGUGGCCCUAUGAGUGCAAGGUGUGCGGCAAGGCCUUCAGGCGCAUCAGGAACCUCACCUGCCACCAGAAGACCCAUGCUGCCGCGGGGGGGCCCGCCAGGGAGCCCAACCUUCUGCCUACCCUCCCAGAUAACCUGUCACAGGUCAGGCCUGAGAUGGCGGCCAAGUUUCAGCCUCCCGUCAUCACUUUAGAAUCAACUUAGGGACGUCAAGAGAUGCCCUUGGGGCUUGUGACACAUUCCUGAGAAUUCCCUCAGGACAGGCGACAGCCACCCUACUUCAGCAGUGUGCGACCUGUGCAACCACACAGGGCCCGGCCCACGCUCGGUCUCACGCUCUGCAGUCACCGUUUUGAAAUGCUGAAUAAUCUCUGGACAGAGGGCCCCAUAUUUUCGUUUUGCACCAGGCUCCAAAAAUUAUCCCCAUUCCCAGGGGAGAGAUUAGAUCAGGCAGGGGUUGGCAAACCGCAGCCCCAGGGCCAGACCUGCUUUCACAUGGCCCCCGAGGUAAGAAUGGCUUUCACACUGUAAAAUAAAGUGAAGGGUUGUAAAAUAAAGCGAAAAGAAUAUGACACAGAGAGAGCUUUUGUGGCUUGCAAAGACUACAUAGUCUCUGGCCUUUUGCGGAAAAGGUUGGCCAACCCCUGCCAUCAACCAACAGUUACUUGUGGGAAUUCCACACCCUUCCUCAACACAGGCUGGCAAAACCCGUUUGGUCUCAUGGUCCCUCUUGGUGGUUCCCUCAGGUGGGCUCCUGGGACUAAGUGGAGGAGACUGGCCGGCUCUGUUCUUUCAUUUCCCUCUAGGCCUUUUUAAAAAAUAUAUAUAUUUAUUUAUUUAUUUUUGGCUGCAUUGGGUCUUUGUUACUGCACGUGGGCUUUCUCUAGUUGCAGUGAGGGGUGGCUACACUUCGUUGUGGUGCACGGGCUUCUCAUUGUGGUGACUUCUCUUGUUGCAGAGCACGGGCUCUAGGCGCACGGGCUUCAGUAGUUGUGGCACGUGGGCUCAGUAGUUGUGGCUCACGGGCUCUAGAGUGCAGGCUCAGUAGUUGUGGCGCAUGGGCUUAGUUGCUCUGCGGCAUGUGGGAUAUUCCCAGACCAGGGCUCGAACCUGUGU